AUGCCCUUAGCCCUUAAUCCUCAAUCAAUAUUAUAUUGUCCUUGUCAGAUAAACUUUGGUGUUACGAUAAAAGGAUUUUGUUUUUAUUUCUGUCAGUGUCGGCUGUGGGGAUACUACGCGGUGGUAGCGGGUUUAUUAUUAACAACAACCGCCGCGGAGAAAAAAGUUAAUCUCGAGGAUAUUGAGAGGGAUAAUCUCCGCUCGGAGGGCAGCACCGGGAGUUCCAAGGGGACCUUACAGCAAAAAAGCUACCAAGUUAAGCCGGAAACAGAUAGUGAGGAUUAUCGAUCAAGUAGUCAUCAGUACGAGGCUGCCAGGGGAUUCGGGUCGUACUCUUCCAGAGAUAAACCGGGACACCAUUAUCAUGCUGAUAGUUACAUGCAAGCGAACCAGCCGAGCUUUGACUAUCAGCACCACCCAGAGGAUAAUGACAAUGCUCAGUACACAGAUUAUCAAGAGCAGGAUCCAAAGCAGUAUUAUUUUACUCCGGAAAUAAAUGUCGGAAAUCGGUAUCAAACGAUUCAGCAGAAAGUAGCUACUGAGAAAAAUUCUAAUGGAUAUAAAAGCACUGUUUACAUUCCAAUGAGCCAAUUGUUGGCUUACUACGCGUAUUUGUCGGGUCAAGGGUCGCAGAGUAAACCUCUAGGAGCUCUCGGAGGAGAAGGGAGCCACCAAAUGUCCGUUCCUGUCUACACAUCGGACCCCUAUGGUCGCUCUCCUGUUUACAUGUCCUCAAAGUUGUCAUACAAACCUCAACCGCAGUAUAUUACAUACGCGUCCCAAUAUCCAUCGCACACACAAGCCGUCCUUGGGAAGAAGGGACAACCGAGUAAAUUGUACUCGCACGUGAGCUCAUCCUCCAGUGGCACGCAACCGCAGAAUCAGAACAGCCAGUACUUAGGCCAUCAGGAAUUGAUUUACCCGGAGCAGUACUCAACGGGGACGCACCAGGUGCAAGAGGACGCUAAAUCGUACACUCAAACUGACUCUCAACCUCCGAGCAGUCAUUUGGAACAGUAUUACCGGUAUAUUACCCCGGAACAGUUGCAGUACUUGGUAUCCUCUAAAUCAAUUUAUCAACAGCCAGAGUACCACCAGAGUCUUGAAACGCCAGAAGACGGUCUGAUGCCUCCGCAAUCCCCGGCGAAAAAUUUUAAGUCAUCGUACCCAUCAGCAACCAGUGAAAGUACGCGAUUACAUUAUUUACAAAACCACCUGAGUCAUUCAUCCUCAUCAGAGCCAAAAUCACUUCUUGAUUCUUAUGUUCCAAGUCACAUUAUUGCUGCGCAGGAUGUUGAAAGAUAUCGCGAAAGGCCAAUUAAACUUGAAAGCGGCUUCCUUCCAUCCAAGAUAAACUUUAUCCACUCUUCGAAAAUAUUUAUUUUGGUGACGCUGGGGAGUUGCGAGCCCGAGCCUGAAGCGGACCCACCAGAACAAUUCACCGACGAUCCAGCUAAUUCAACAGACACCGAAGAGCCAGAGUUGAAGCUUGACAACCUAUCAGGGCCGCUGUUUCUCGUUGAAUUUGUAAACGAAAACUCAACAGACGAAAAGUCGAAGCGAACGAUAGACAACAAUCUCGGAUAUGGCUACCUGAAAAACAACCUGUUCAGCGGGAAGUACAAUUACUACUUUCCAAAUGGAAAGACAGGAACCACAGUGACCAUCGAGGAGUCGUUAACUCCCUUCGAGCCAAAGACAAUUAUUGACACGGAGAAACCCCCCACGAAGCUAGAAGGCGACUGGACCGCCAGUUAUCCUUCUAAUCAGCAGGUCUUUGGCCAAAGAACCAAGCUCAGAAAGUACAACCCCUCAGACUACAUCCACCAGAAUCAAUAUUCUACCACCGCAAAGCCCAACAUUGCUUACACGACAAUCCGUCCGGAAUACAACCAAAAUGCGUACACCACAGCCAAAACAAUUUAUCAAAACUCUUUCUCGGCUUACUCGAGCACCCCCAGCCCGAAUUACAAUUCAGAGUACGUCGCAGGACUCCACCCUCCGGGAGCUCUCGAGGCGACCACUCUGAUGCCUCCGUUGUCAGACGACCCCGCGCAAUUCAAUAUUCCAAGGUUCACUGUCGAGAAUGGGAUCAGGUACGAGAACAAAAUAGUCUGGAAGUAUCCUGACGGGAGGAUCGCCGAGCCGCCUUCGUCCUUCAUAAAUCACUACUCAGAGUACUCCGAGCCCCAGAGGAACAAAGUCAAUCACCAGAACGCAUUCCGUGAGACUACAGGAUUUAGAAACCCAAAUGGGCAUCAACCGAGCCACAUUUACAAGAAUAAUAAUCUCAAUAAUAAUAAUAACAACAACAACAACAACAACAACAACAAUAACAAUAUUUACUCACAACGUCCGGCGACGUUUCCAACUGACCAAGAGUCGUUUGAACAGAGACCGUACUCAAAGUACGCAAUAGACAGCUCCAAUCCAGAAUACACACCAGCACCAAACACUUUGCUUCGAACCACCGAGUCUCCACAAAUACUCACCCAAGGAGGACAACUCUCACCGCAAGUCCUCAACAAAUACAAGCCCCAGGUCCAGCAGUACUUGUCUAAAUUGUUCACAAGCUCCAAGGAGUCCAACAAGCCCUACGACUCCAACAGCUUCAUUGAAAACAACUACGAGCAGCUGCUAAAUUACAAUCCUUCAAUUUCUCAAUACGUUAAAGAUCCCUCGUCAAUUCUACAAGCCUACCCGACCUUUAUUCAAUCAGGAAAGUCUCUUGUGCCGGUGAUUAUCCUCAGAGUUGAUGGAGUUCGUCCAGUGGAGCAACAAACGCCAAACAUUAACCUAAAGUCGCUGCUUCAGCAGUAUUUGUCUCAGUACGCCACCGAAGGAAGAAAUCCAGAGAACCACAAGUCCAAUCAGGAGUUCCGACCCAGUCCUGUUGAUGAUCUGACAUACUUGACGGAAGCGCUCAAGCGGUUUUCACCCAACUCUCAAGAGCCCACUCGGCUCGCCAAUCAUCCGCUUGAGUAUGAAUCCACCCGAUACACUCACGAGUCCAGUUACGACACUAUUAAUUCUGAAGUAAAGCCACCUGAUUCCCAGAGGUAUAAUAAAUUCUCUAAAAAAAAUGGACAAAAAGUAAUCCUGUUAUUGCUGUACUGGCCGAGUGCGAGGAGUGACAAUUCCACCUUUGCGGAUCAGGUAGCAGUAGCCUCUGAAAGUUUAGAUAUCAAGGUACCAAAAAACGAAAGCCAUGAAAUUGCUGGCUCGUUAUCAUCCUCCGAGCGUGACGACAUUGUCAUCAACUUCGAGAAUUCCAACGGAUUUGUUCCAAUGACAAGCUCUACUGAGCCUUCCGAGGAAAAAUAUUCUUCUACCGAGCCCACGACCAAAGAGCCAUUCAGAAUAAACGUCGCCAACUACUCGGAGUCCGAUUUCUCAACUGAGGCCCGCAUUUUGAUAAAUCUCCAGGGCUCCACCGUAAACAGACGAUCCUAUGAUGUGGAAAAUGACGAAAAAGAGUUUGAAAUUUUAAAAGUAAACUCUAAUACACCAGCUGUCGCUAAUUACAAUGAAUUCUACGAGACAUUUCAAAAAAAUAAAGAUUCAAAAGCUGCUAAAACUCCCACCAAAAACUUUUCUUACUUUCGUCAGAAGGAACGUAUGAAGCAAAUUAAAGACUAUAUAUUUUAUCAAGACGGUAAUUCUCAACAACAUCACUCGCUAAUUCACCAUGACAGCCAGGAUGCACCAAAAAAAACUUAUGAGCUGGAGAAAGUUCACAAUUAUCCAAGUGCUGCAUCUGAUUACGAUAUUUUCAGCGAAAGUGUUACGAGACAGAGAUCAUCGAAUUUGCCGCCAUCGGGUUACGAGCUGGAAAAUACUCACAGCAGUUGGAAACCCGCUUCGCCAAAGUAUCAGAGCAACCGCAACACUAAAUCCCCUCCUAUUGUCGUAGAUUCUAAUGAAUACAGUUACACCCAGCAGUAUACUACCAAAACACCUCAAUCGAGUUCGACAGAGCCGUCAUUUAAGUACCAAACAGACAUGUCAGAGGAUCGUUACGACCGAAAUGAAGACUACUCAGAAGAGAACACGGAUGAGUAUUACGAAAUAACUGAGCGUCCUCGGAGGCUUCACAAGAGCCGACGAAAGCCUUACGAAUCCUCCCGUAAACUCCCGAAGGAGCACCGCGGUGGUGAUUCGAGUGAAUCGAAGAAACAAACCUCAACGCGUACAAAGUUACAUCGCGGUAAACCAAAGCAGAAUUAUUGGAGCGAGGAACAGCCGAGCCAAGAAAGUUCCGAGGAGAAUACCAAGGAGGAGAGAACUAAAGACGAUAAUGCAAGCUGGAGUCAGGUUGGUCCUAAUGUUGAGUUCUCUCAGUCGAACGGAUACGAAGUCGGUCAAAUUGACAAGCCCAAUGUUUUGGUGCCGGUUAAUUUGAACCUCGUUCCACUCAGCAAUUUUGAUCACGCAACUGCUCUGGGCAACAGCCAAGGCUUCGACAUGACCAAUGUUGGGAUGCCUGGAUACGUUUCUUCUGGGUCAAUCGUCAGUACUGCAGCUCCCUUGCUCAGCAGUGUCCAGCCAGUGGCAAUUCAAAACUUCCCUCAAGGCGUCAAACAUCAGAACAUCGGUUACUCUACAGCCGUUCCAGACAUUGUUGUUGGCCAAAACUCUUUCCACAACCCCGUACAAACUGUUCUUGUCCAGCAACCAGUCCAUAACAAGUACACACCUAAUAUAAAAAAUUACUAUCCCAGUACUGCAACACCUAUGUUCACAAUGACACCCACGCUUCAAGGUUUUUCGACGAUCCAAAGUACAGUCGCUUCAAAAUCUGUGACGCCGAAUAUGCAAUUGUUCUAUCCACACUCAACAGUUUCAACUGCUCAGCCUCUGUACCAAGCUCCUCCUCAUAAUAAUUACAAUAUUGUCGUCAAUCCUAAUGGUCUGAACGGGCAAAAUGUCCAGCAUACUACGCCCAAUUAUAAUUACGGAGCUCAGUCAGAUUCUCAGAAGAAAAAUAAUCAGUUUUUAGCUUCAGCGAGUUAUUCUGUCGGAAACAACGGCCAGCAAACUCAAAACAGUCAACAGAAUCAAGCCCAAUCGAAUAAUCCAAACAAUAAUCGGUAUGCCAGUUCUCAGAUUAAUCCUCAAGUCGUCAAACCUCAAAUGCUUCACGGUUACAUCCAAACUGGCGCAGGAAUUCCGGUUAAUUUUAAUCAGCAGCAAUUUGCCAAUGUAGGAAACAAUAUUUUGGAAAACACCUGGAAACAAUUACAGCAACUGCAAGGUAAUGGACAGCAAAAUCUUUAUCAUCGGAUCCACUAUCACACAGGUUACGGUAAAGAUAACGCUGUCAGUCCCAGUAACACAAAUGUCAAUACUGUCAAUGCAAUUCAAGUACCACUUGUAAAAGCUCAAUUACCCGUAGUAGGGACUCAGCAUGUCCAAAUAGUAAAUCCGAAUUUUCAAGCCAUGAACCCGAUUCAGGUAAAUCCGUUCUCUGGCGCAGUGGUAACCACGCAGAUUCCUAUUUACAGUACACCAGCGGGUUUUGUGACUCCAACAGCCGGACCCAUCGCCAUUCAAAAUUACGUCGAUUCACUUACACAAAUUGGAGCACAACAGACUGUGCAACAAGAAAACGGAGCCAAGUACAACCCAAUGAACUUUAUUCCCAACAUGGAGGUCGUUAAAAGCCAGACGAUGCUCAAUGGAAAAAACGCGGAAUCCCUUCCUCCAAAUUUGAGCCUGGUCCCGAUGAUUCCCGGAGGGAAAUUUUCUAAACACUCCCACGAAGCUCAAGCAGAGUUGAUCACCAAGCCAAAAUUGAGCUCUGAUUUGGAGAAAUACGCCGAUGAAAUGUUCAAAGAGUCUCUUCGCACAAUUUACAAUACUCACCAGUGGAAUAGCGACAAGAGAAUCAGAAAUUUGACUACUAUUGACAGCAACGACCUGGAGAGACUCAGGCAGGAGCUGGAGCGAUACAGGGCUGUCAAACCAGGAAAGGACAUUCUUGAAGCGCAUCAUUCAGAGUCCCACUAUCACACAGCAGACCCAGGACGUGAGAGGAGACCUGGGUUGACUAUCGCCGAUAUUGAAGAGCUUUUCAAGACAAACUUUAAGCCCCAAUCCUUCUCCGGGGACUCUCUGUCUUCUGCGAGCAAGCCCAACUUGAACAAUGUGAAACUCAGUGACUAUCUUACGCCUCCAAAGGUGAAUUCGUUUGUUUCAAAGAGUCCUUUCGUAGACAGCAAGCCGGCAAAGAAGCGACCUUCCAAGAGGCCUCACUCUCGACCCUCGUCACGACCAGGAAAUCUAGACACCUCGGCGAGCAAUCACGUCUCACACUCAUACCGACGACCACACUACGGGCGCGGUUCUUAUCAUGUUCAGAAACGAUAA